CUAAUGGCUCAGGAUCUCACCUCCCGCCUCAUCUCUCCUCUGUCAGUCUAUCGAGAACACCUACUCCGGUAAUGAAGAACAUACAUUGGUACCAUUCUCACUGAAUAUGAAACCCCUAUAACGUUCAACUCAUCUUCUCCGGUUGUAUCGACCUAGACUCUGAUGUUUCAAUGCAUACCAAAUGAUUACUGACUUUCCAUUUCAGCGAUUUACUUUUUUGAUUGCUUUACUAUUAUGAUCAGUUUCGCCAAUCAGACUUUCAAUCCCGCACUCUCUAACCCUAAACCCCUUUCCGCAUCGGGUUUCUCCAGCCGGGUCUUGAGCUUCACCUCCCAAUUCGGAUCGCAGCCGCUGAAGACUCUCAAGGGAGGUAGAGAUUGCGGCUACCGUCUGUUCUGGGCGGAUCUGAGCCGUGGGGAAAUGGAGCUGGUUAGGAGAUUCAGCAGAGGGUGUUUCUUCGACCUGUCUAAGACCAGGUCGGAGGUUGAAUUAGUGUCGGUUGAAGGUGGGGAAGAUGUUUUCCACUCAUCCUCUGCAGAUUCCAAGGUCCAGCCUGAACACCUUGUGAUCAUGGUCAAUGGACUUAUUGGGAGUGCUGCGGAUUGGAGAUAUGCUGCCAAACAAUUUGUAAGAAGGCUCCCUGAGAGAGUUGUGGUUCAUUGCAGUGAAUGCAAUUAUUCACGGUUGACUUUUGAUGGUGUUGACCGAAUGGGUGAUAGAUUGGCCGAGGAGGUGGUGGAUGUUGUUAAACGCUGGCCGGGCAUGCACAAAAUCUCUUUUGUUUCUCACUCUUUAGGUGGACUUGUUGCACGAUAUGCCGUUGGGAGGUUAUUUGUGUAUCCUUCAGCUGCAGAGACAACAAAUGUAGAUGGACGAGAUAAAUUUGAUGAUGGAAGUAUUGCUGGGUUAGAGCCCAUGAAUUUCAUAACUGUUGCAACUCCACAUUUGGGUUCUAGAGGACACAAACAGCUGCCUCUUCUCUGUGGUCUCCCGUUGUUGGAAAAAGGAGUAUCUCAAACCGCACACUUGCUUGUUGGGAGAUCCGGAAAGCAUCUCUUCCUCACAGAUAAUGAUGAUGGCAAACCUCCUCUUCUUCUUAGGAUGGCUAAUGACUCCAACGAUCUCAAAUUCAUAUCAGCAUUACGUGCUUUUAAACGGCGUGUGGUAUAUGCAAAUGCAAACUAUGACCAUGUUGUUGGAUGGAGGACGUCAUCAAUCCGCCGCCAAAGUGAACUUCCAAAGGCCAAUUUUCUUGUCAAGGAUACAAGAUACCCACAUAUUGUACAUGUAGCCCAAGAAACUGCAGAAGUGAAGCAUAAAGCAUCUUCUGCCACUGUGACAGAAACCAUUGAUUUGGAAGAGGAAAUGAUUAGAGGGCUGACUCAAGUCCCAUGGGAGCGCAUUGAUGUUAGCUUUCAAAAAAGCAGCCAAAGAUAUGUAGCUCAUAAUACCAUACAGGUGAAAACAUAUUGGUUGAAUUCUGAUGGUGCCGAUGUGAUUCGUCAUCUCAUUGACAAUUUCCUCCUCUAGUUUUUGCAUCCCAGAGGACGCUCGCUUCACUGCCUGCGGGCCCCACGAAUGGCUUAGAACCCGCAUUUUUUUAAUCAUACUACGGUAGAUAUUUAUAUGAACCGAAGAUGACGGGUGGGUGGGUGGGGUGAGCAUUUCUCAAAAUGAUACAUUAUGUAACAUGAGGCGCGGGCAUAUGAUGUUUUCAAUUGUGCAAAACAAUGGUUAGAUUUAUAGAUUACGCCUUUGUUUCGAGUUAGCUUAACAACUAUAAAUGAUUUAUGGUCUC